UCCCCACGCCGGUAGCUCGUGUAUAUUUGUAGCAUUUCCGAUAAUUUACGUGCUCCUUUAUUUGAGGAGCAGAAGGAAGCAGUUUUUACAUGGCCAGUGAGUGUGAGACUAUAUUAAUUUGAGCAAGACGAACGCUGUGUGUGUCCAUGUACCGGGGCUGCUUCUAGUCACUUCCUCGUCCUGCGGAGAGGAUGAAGCAGUGACGUCGGUGGCUACAACACCGUAGAGGGAAACCUGUCCGCCCGACUUCGACAAACGAAGGGACCACACCGCGCGAACACAAAACAUACACUUAAUUUUGGGCAGCUCGGCGUCUGCUUGAUACUCACGCGCGCUCUCAAUCAUAAAAUGUUUUGCUGUGAACCACGAGGACAGGCUGGCGGUUACUAAGCGGUGCACUACCAAGAGAACAAACGGAUUAUUACCGCCUCAUCCCGUUACCGGCUCCCCCCACUGUCUAUGUGCCCGUGUGCCGAGCACCCCUGGCCAUGUCCUUGGUGAAGUGUGACGAGGAGCAGCGAUGGAUGCCAACGCACGUGCAGGUAACUGUGCUACGGGCGCGAGGGCUGCGCGCGAAGGGCAAACACGGCACCAGCGACGUUUACACCAUUAUCCAGCUGGGCAAAGAGAAAUAUUCCACUUGCGUGAUGGAGAAGACUACGGAGCCGGAAUGGGGAGAAGAAUGCUCAUUCGAGCUGCUGCCGGGGAUACUGGAGGAGCGAGGGAGGGAUGCGUACCCACCCGGUAGUGGCGACUUGACCCUCACCGUUAUGCACCGAGCCCUAAUAGGGCUAGAUGUGUUCCUGGGCGAGGCUGUUAUACCGCUUGAUCUCGCAUUCCAGGAUCGCAAGUGCAUGAAAAACGAGUGGAACCGGCUGCAUUCUAAAACUGGCAAAAAAGAGAAGGAACGGGGGGAGCUUCAGGUGACCGUGCAGUUCACUCGCCACAACCUGACGGCCAGCUUGUAUGACCUUUCCAUGAAGGACAAACCUCGCUCUGCUUUUGACAAGCUCAGACAACGCAUGCGUGCUAAGAAGCGGUCUGCCGAAAAAGAUUCCUCUUCCGCCAUCGUCGCUGGGGGAUGCGAAUCACUGGUCCGCACACGGGGGCGCUUGCCUAGUGAUGGGGGUGGCGAGGAGGACUACGAGGAUGAUGAAGGCGGGGAGGUCCGGAGAAGUAAAAUGAGAAGUUUUUUCCUGCGUGGGAGGUUGCGAAAGUCUUCAGACACUCGCUCUAGCACGUCGCUGGGCUCUGAGAGCAGCGAGUCAUCAUCACGGGGCGGUAGCCUCAGCCCAACAGCAGGUAUCAGUGUCGUGGUCUCAGAUCUGUCCAGCUCUCCAAGUAAUAGCAGCAACCUGACAGCAGACAACAGUCCAGAAGAAAUUCAAACACAUCUGGGAUGGCAUGAGGAACACACAGUGGCUCCCUCACCACAGGUUUCUCCUGUCAGACAUGUGUAUGGCAAUGAGAUGUGUGACUUCAACCUACCAGUGCCUCAUUCGUCAGAGAACGACAGCCCUAUUCUGCUUCCAUCGGUGUGUAUCAAUGGCAAUCCAGUGGAAACGUCCCCUCUUACUCACCACCCACCAUCACUCAUACUACAGCAACCUCAACCUGAGUCAACUAAACUAGUAACUCAGUCAGGUCAAGCACAGGCAACCAAGCUGCUGCCCCAGAAAACACAAUCAACAGAACCAAAAAACCAAACCAGUGCAGAGACCUGGUUAUCCAAGUCAGAGUCCAAGCCUAGGCCUGAGCCGCAGCUCUCAGCUCUUGGAUUGCUCCAGAAGGGCUCGUCUCUGUCCCUUUCCCUGCAGAACCUUGAUCACCGAGGGGAGGAAAAGCAGAGUGGCAUUGGGCGUCGCUGGUCUUUCGAUAAACCUGGAGAGGAGGAGAAAGCCGCCAUCGUUGCAGCAUUAGAGUAUGCUGGGAGAGUUACGGAUGAGUCAGUGAUCGAAACGGUGAUACCUGUUGGAAAUACAGAGAUUCAGAGCAAAAAGAGGCGGUGUUUGUUCUCUCAUGGGAGAGGGGUGUUGGCUGGGAAAGGACCAAUCACAAGCAAAGAGGAAACAGAACAUGCUCAACCACACAAAGGAUGGUUCAGCUCCAAGGACUUACAGAGUAAACCCAGUCCACAUCCAGUGAAGCCAUUGACACCCCUUGAUGAGAAAAGGUCAGAGGGUCGUUCAGUUCUGGAGAAGCUUAAAUCCACCAUCCACUCAGGACGAAGCCACCAUUCAGAUCAGGAGGCUGACAAGAAGCUAGUGGAAGGAGGAGGAUCAUACUACCACCUGAACCACAGUGAGCUGGUUAAUUUGCUGAUCCAGAGAGAUACUGAUCUGAAAAAAGAGCAGGAGGAGUUUGAAAGGCGAAGAGCGAUGCUGGAGAAACGUGAGAUGGAGCUAAGGAAGAUGAAGGUUCUAAUCCGAGAUCUGGAGGAUUACAUCGAUACACUGCUUGUGCGCAUCAUGGAGCAGACACCCACGCUGCUGCAGGUUCGUCCCCUGAUGAAAUGAUAAAACCUGAUGAUGAAAUGCUCAGCAAAGCCUCCACUACCCCUCCACUAACCUCUAACAAGCCCUGGACAGACUUCACAACCCUGCACUGUAACCAUAUAAAUUUAAAGAGUUACAGCUGCUGUUAGUUGACAGGCAUGGAGGAGAUGGUGAAGAUUUGGCAUGCGUAACUGUGUCCAGCAUUACCUGGGCCUCUAUGGGGUCUCCUGCAGGUAUGCAUUUAUGGUUGAAAUUGGUACUCUACUGCUAAAUUUGAAAGCUGGUAGGAUAAUUUUUAAUCUGACUUAUAAGACACAUGACUGUCCAGCUACGUACCAAAUUCACAUGUCGAUCGAAUGGAAGACAAGUCCUUGACAUGUCGGACUUCAAGAGCUAGAGUAAAAGGUUUUAAUGCACAAUAAAACAAACAUUGAUUUAAGUUUUUUCUAUCAUAUUUUGGCAUAAUGCUCAGCUGCUUGUAUGGAGCAAAUUAGAGUGACAAAGUUAGAGUUUGAGGUUUCUUAAUGUGAGAGAGAGAGGGAGCUAAAGGGAUAGUUCACCCCAAAAUUAAAAUUGAUGAUGACAGCUUUUUAAUUUUUAAUUGAAGUAUCCCUUUAAAAUAGAAAGCAAGAAAAGAGAGCAGAAUCAGCCAGUUUCAAAUGUGCUUGUGCCUCCCUACAUGUCUUCUGCACUUUAUGUGAGAGCUAAGGAACAGUGGCUCACACUAACUGACCUUCUAUAUCUAGCUUGUAUGUCAGUGUCCUUCCUCUCCCUUCCCUUGCUUGAGCCAAUGCACACACAUCACCACCAGUGCUUUCUGGAGUAAUGAAUGGAAUAUAUACUGUAUUCAUUGCAUAUAUGCCACUCUGACAAAAUGCCAAAUGCUGCCUUAUCAUACAGUAUUUUCUCAGUUCUGUAGUUGCUGAAGUCAUUAUUUUUAAUUAGAUUGCACAUCAUAUUACAAUAUAAAUAAAUGUGAUGGAGCAUUUAAAGUGUACUCUUUCCCAAGACUGUUAAGUUAGUAUAGAAAAAAAUAAAUGGAUCUUUAAAAGUCUUUAAAAGUUGAGCAGAGAGAAUAACCAUGAAAUAGCAAAUGCCAGAAAGUCUGCCCUAACAUUACAGCAACAGGCUUGUCAAUGUUCCUGUAAUAUUAUUCUGGUGUUCUUCUGAUGUUGCCACUAUCAGUGUUGCCACUGUCUGUGUACAAUGUAGCACUAUAUGUAGAUAUGUGAUAGAGGCAUUUGUCAUAGCACUUUUAUACCUCUCACGGGCAUUUACAAUGGUUCUUUCUCAACAUCUAUGGAAGUGCACAUAGUCAGAUGCGCGCACACACUGCACAGACUAAUAAUCCUCUAAACACAGGAUAAUUAUAGUGUUCAAGUGCUGCUGAACUUAUGAUAGUCCCUGCUAGGAAGCAUACAGAAACACUUAUCAAAAAUAUAUUUCUAUGAUUAUAAGCACUUAAGGACUUGUGUUCUCUGCCUCCCAUUCUAAACUCUGUUUUGUCAAUUGAGUGAAAGGUGGUUUAAUGAAUGUUCAUUUAUUAAAGCUUAACUUAAGUUUACAAUCCCUCAAGAGUGUGUUACAUUUUACUCAUGCAAAUACCUAUUUUUUUUAUAAUGUUAUUAUAGUUUUCUUUGUGGUCAGGUCUUUUUUGUCACCCUAUCUUUUUUGGUCUGAAGUUCUGUACAAUCUGUUUAUUGUUAUUUGGCAAUUUCCUUUUAAAUGCAACCUUUUGGUAUGCUGUUUUUGUACAUCAUGAUUAUAUGUGUUAUUAAGCCUAGGUUUCCCUUCUAAAGGUCAGUAGUGAGAAAGAAAGCAAUAGAUGUGAAGGCCAGGCUUUUACAGAAUUUAAGAGAUUCAUACAUUUUUUAGCUCUAAACAGAUGAAAUAUGAUAUUAAAUAUAUGGUUAGGUUGCUACCGUAUUUAACACCAGUUCAUGUUUCAAGGUAUGUUCAAGUGCCCUUGGCUGAAUGUUAUCAUGGAAUGUGUCAAUGAGAAUGAUUGUAGAAGAUGAUUUGUAUGCUUUUAAUGGUGAAGUAGAUAAUCAAAACUACAUUUAAUGUAGUACAAACUCUGGAAUUUGCAAAUAAAAAUGUGUUUACUAUGGACAUUUUAUUUUUUAGAGGUCUGAAAAGAUAAUUUUUUUCUUUUAAGGUAAUUUAAAACCUAGUUAUUUUUUUAAAGCAUUGCAAAGGUUUUACUUGUAAAUUGUAAGAUAAUGCACUGGUAUGCAGUUGAAUGCCAGAAUGAUCAUUCUUGCAGAGUGGGCUCAAUUCUUCCUUCUUGGUUGUAGAUUCACUGGAUUCCUGUCACAAUGAAAAUAACAAUGACUUAAGUUAACCUUGCAUAUCAAGUAGCAUACAAACAAUGAACACCAUUUGCGCAGAGAAACCUUUUGUUUUAGGUGCAAAAUAUUUUCAGUGCUUCCCUGAGGUGCUGUUGGAUUGGAUGUUCAGGGUGUAGUUACAUAAGUGUCCACUGGAGGUUGUGGUGUAUUCUUUUUAUGUAAUGCCUCAUCUGAGAGAUGUUCAAUUGACCUUUGGUGUGCUUUUAAGCAUCUCUGCAAAGAAAAGUAAAGAAAAAAAAAGGUCUCUGUUGAUUAAAUAAACUUUUCACUUUGGGAUGCAUCUCUGAAUGUCCUUAUUUGAUAUUGUUAGGAUGGCUAACUGCAAAGUUCUCGAGUGGAAAUAAACAACAAUAUCAACACUAUCAUUUGAAAUACUGAAUAUAUUUUUGCUGUCUGUAACUGACUGGCUGGAUUCAGUUGCUGAUCUUUUAUAGAUCAGUUGCAGUAGAUGAGAAGUGGCUCAGACAAAUCAGGAAUAAUGUCAAAAGUUUAUGUCAGCUUCCAAAGAAAUGUAAAAAAAAACAUUGUUUCCAAUACAAAUACACUAUGAAGUUUUAGAAACUACCGAUCAACCAAUAUUAGUUUUUUAAUUGCUGAUGCUGAUAUCUAGAGAGCAUGGUGGC